UUUCAUUUUUAUUUACAGAAAAUCCAGCAAUUCCGGGAGCAGUAGGGAUAUCUCCCCAAAGAACUGCUCCGCCCUCCUCUUUCCCUUUAUCACUUUUUAUGCUUACAGUAAAAGUAAACAUUGGCAAUGUUAUUACUCAUCGUAGUAUACAUUAAACAGAUUCCCCCUCAUAGGUUAUGAGGUUACACAAUAUCCCCCUAUCUUAAAGUGGUUCUAUCUUCAAAGCAUUUUCACUGUAGACUGAAUUUAUAGCUAGUCGACACUUCAGCUGGUGCACAGAGUGCCCUGGGUCCUUGCCCGGAACAGUGGAGUCCAGUUCCCCGACUUAUCUAUGACAAUAGGCCUUGGACAUGAAUAAACAAUCUCCAGAUGUCCUUACAUAGGCUCCUCCCACCUUGAUAAGGGCCUGACCAGCAGCGCCCUGCAGGAAAUGGCCGUUCGGGUGAACAGUGGCUGGUGAUACCAGAACAGAAAAGUUCUCAAGUGUAGGUCACAUUGGUCCCGUGGAGCACGACAUCUCUUAUGUUUCCUUUUGUUCUUCUCAGCAUCCCCACGAGGAAGGCUUAGGCAUGAGGAGGCCGAGCCCCAGGGAGGAGACUGCGUUUCUAGGGAGGCAGUGCCUGGGUUUGUGUAGGCUGGGAACCCACCUAUCUGCAUGAGAGGCCCAGGAUAGGGUGGGUGUCCUGACUGGUCUUAAUCCAGGAACAGUGUUGCUGGAGGUCUGUUCCCUACAACAGGACCACAGUGCUCCUCCAGCCUCCAAUGGCCUCUUUGGAAGGGGCUUGUCCCUUUAGGUGAAUCCGGGGGCACACCAAGCCCCAGUGACAGUCCCUAGAAUGGCUGUAGGAGAGUGGUUAAUGUCACAGACUGAUGCUGGGCUACAGGGGCUCACUCCAGCUCCUCCCCUUCCGACUGGACAAGUCACUUAGCCUCUUCCUGCCUUAGUUGACUCACUUAGAAAACAGAGGUAAAGCUAUCAGAACAGUACCUAGCUGGGAGAGAGGUUACAAAAGUGCUUGCUAAAUAAAUAAAUGGCUGGGGCGGCACCUGUGGCUCAGUGGGUAGGGUGCCCGCUCCAUAUACGGAGCGUGGUGGGUUCGAACCUGACCCCUGCCAAACUGCAACAAAAAAAUAGCCAGGGCUUGUGGCGGGCUCCUGCAGUCCCAGCUACUUGGGAGGCGGCAAUGGCUCCUGCCAUUGCCACUCAGAGAGCCCUGGAUGGAGGCCCUGCUGAUACCGAAGAGUGCCUACCACCCCCACCACCACCAUGGCAGUCAUCACUCAUGCGGGAAAAGGGGGGCUUGGUGUACCUCAAUUCCCAAGAGGAGGGAAGAGGCCCUGAGAGGACCACAGUGCCAGCAAGUGACGGAGCUGGGACCAAGGCCAGGCUGUCUGCCUCCAAGAUUGGGCCUGGAGGAGGACGCGCCUAGGCGUGGCCCACCUGCUUCCUCCUCCUCUGUCUGGAGCUCUGGCUGGAGUUGUCCUGGCUGGUGCUCUCUGCCCAACCAGGCUGUGGGAGGCAUAAAACGCUGCUUCUUGGAGCUCAAUGUCAGGGCCUGUAGAAGGUCUUGCUGGUGGUCAUGAGGCCCGGAUGUUGAGGGUCCUCCUUGAAGAGCUAUGGACACCUGCACAGCAGUGAAGCCGAGCUUCCCCACUUCUCUUUAGCUGUUGAAGGCUCCAGCUUGGCUAUUUUGUCGUAUGCCUCUGCCCAAGAGGUGGAAAGACUGAGACCAUCUGCUGCCGCCUGGACUUUUCCAGGGCUCGCCUGGGACACCAGCUUGGGUCCUCACACACCAUCCUGGAGAACAAGGAGGCUGCCUGGGAGGGGAGUCUCUGGAGAAGAUUCUGCGACUACAGGUACCUGCAGAGUAUAAGGGAGACCCCAGUUAUUUUGCUGGCCCUUUCAGCCAAACCCUCCAAUUUUGACGCCACCUCCCAGGCAAGGCUUGGGGCUCUCAUCUGCUGCCAGACGGGAGGGGCCUGACUCUGGUCCCCACCCACCUGUGGCAGAGCCAUGAAGAAGAGGUACAUGUUGCUGGGCCUGCUGGCCGUGGUCCUGGUGGUGAUAAUUGUCAGCCUCUGCCUCUGGCUGCCCUCAACCUCCAGGGAACCCAGCCACCAUGUGUAUCCCAGGGCAGCCGUGGCUGCAGAUGCCAAGCGCUGCUCAGAGAUUGGGAGGGACAUGCUGCUGGACGGCGGCUCAGCCGUGGACGCAGCCAUCGCGGCCCUGCUGUGUGUGGGGCUCAUGAACGCCCACAGUAUGGGCAUUGGGGGCGGCCUGUUCCUCACCAUCUACAACAGCACCACACGAAAAGCUGAGGUCAUCAACGCCCGCGAGGUGGCCCCGGGGCUGGCCUCCGCCGGCAUGUUCAACAGCUCGGAGCAGUCUCAGGAAGGCGGGCUCUCGGUGGCAGUUCCUGGGGAGAUCCGCGGCUACGAGCUGGCUCACCAGCGGCAUGGCCGGCUGCCCUGGUCUCGCCUCUUCCAGCCCAGCAUCCAGCUGGCCCGCCAGGGCUUCCCUGUGGGCAGGGCCUUGGCAGCAGCCCUGAACAGCAAGCAAGCUGCCAUAGAGAGGCAGCCUGCCCUGUGUGAGGUGUUCUGCCGGGAUGGGAAGGUGCUUCAGGAGGGCGAGAUGCUGACCUUGCCCCGGCUGGCCGACACGUAUGAGACACUGGCCCGAGAGGGCGCCCAGGCCUUCUACAAUGGGAGCCUCACCGCCCAGAUUGUGAAGGACAUCCGGGAGGCUGGAGGCAUUGUGACAGUUGAGGACCUGAACAGCUACCGUGCUGAACUGAUUGAGCACCCACUGAACAUAAGCCUUGGGGAUAUGGUUCUCUACAUGCCCAGUGCACCUCUCAGCGGGCCCGUGCUGUCUCUCAUCCUCAACAUCCUCAAAGGGUACAACUUCUCCCGGGAGAGCGUGGAGACCCCAGAGCAGAAGGGCCUGACCUACCACCGCAUUGUGGAGGCCUUCCGUUUCGCCUACGCCAAGAGGACCCUGCUGGGGGACCCCAAGUUUGUCGAUAUGACUAAGGUGGUCCUCAACAUGACCUCUGAGUUCUUUGCGGCCCAGCUCCGGGCCCGGAUUUCCAACGAUACCACUCACCCAGCCUCCUACUACGAGCCAGAGUACUACACGCCCAACGAUGGGGGUACCGCCCACCUGUCUGUUGUCGCGGAGGAUGGCAGUGCUGUGUCUGCCACCAGCACCAUCAACCUCUACUUCGGCUCCAAGGUCCGCUCCCGGGUCAGCGGGAUCCUGUUCAAUGAUGAGAUGGAUGACUUCAGCUCUCCCAACAUCACCAACCAGUUCGGGGUGCCCCCUUCACCUGCCAAUUUCAUCAAGCCAGGGAAGCAGCCACUCUCGUCCAUGUGCCCAACCAUCAUAGUGGGCCAGGACGGCCGUGUCCGCAUGGUGGUGGGAGCCUCUGGGGGAACACACAUCACCACAGCCACUGCGCUGGCUAUCAUUCACCACCUGUGGUUUGGCUAUGACGUGAAACGGGCCGUGGAGGAGCCCCGGCUGCACAACCAGCUUUUGCCCAACAUCACAACGCUGGAGAAAGACCUCGAUGAGGUGGUGGUUGCGGCCCUGAAGACCCGACACCACCAAACUCAGCUUGCUUCCUCCUUCAUCGCUGUGGUGCAGGCCAUUGCCCACACGGCCAGUGGCUGGGCGGCCGCCUCGGACUCCAGGAAGGGAGGGGAGCCUGCCGGUUACUAAGUGCUCAGGGUAGACAAGACUGACCAGCAACCUGGUCACAAGAUGCUCACCAGGGCUGGAGGGGGCACCCUGGCGGACUUGCUUCCCCUGCCAGUGGAGAGCAGUGCAAUAAAUGGAGGCUGCUGUGCCAGGCUCCCCAUCCUCUGGGCCUCAGUGUCCUGUGU